AUGCAUACAAUUCGCGAGCAGAUGGCAACCUCAGUUUUAGAAGGGCGAUAUCAUGUACUUACUAGAUCAGGGCAACUGCGACUGGUGGUACGUGCGUCAUCAGCGUACAGGAAAUACCGGAUAUGUGCCGAGAAAUUUCGUAGCAGGGUAACAAACCAUAGAAAGUGA